AUGGCCGCCAACUCUUGCACUCCCUUCUCGGAGGUGCAGGGCUGGCCCGCGCCUGCGGUGGACGCGCGCACGGUGUGCACGCCGCUGGAGUCGCGUGUGGCCUUUUUCGGGGCCGCAGAUGGCAAGCCGCACCUCUACGUGCUCACCGUCGCGCUGCUCUCGGCUCACCGCUUCCACCCGGCGGCGGGCUACUAUGCGCUCAUGCCCCAGGGCGAAGCCGAGGCAUGCCGUCGUGCGGAACAUCCCUUCAGCAUGUGGUCCAGGGGCGUCGUCCGCGCGCUGCCGUUGGACGCGGCAUCGGCAACGCAGUUUGGCAGUGGCGGAGGCUAUUCACGGUACACCUUCCACAGGCAUGCGGUUCCCGAGAUGCUUGCGGCUCGAGGCUACGACUUCAGCAUUAACCUGGACCCAGACGUCAUCACGCUCCGCCCGUGGGACCUCCGCGUGCUGCUCGAGGUCAGGCUCAUUGCCGGCCGACAGGUCGGCCGCGGUAGCCGGACCGUCAGGUGGCUGCAAGAGCGGCUGGAGGCGAACGCACAGGCGGGUAUCAGCGGAGGGGAGAGGGCGGCGGCGGGCGUUGAGGGCUUCCUCUCGCGCACACUCAACACCACCAGGUGGGCACUGGAGCGGACUCCCGAGAUCAAUGGCGGCGUGCUCGUCUUCAACAAUGCGGCUGCCGUGAAGGCGCAGUGGCUGCUCACGUGCGUCAGGAGAUACGCCGCGCUGCACGCCGUCGUGGAGGGCGACCAAGACCUGAUCAGCCUCGUUCUCGCCGCGAAUCGGUCUCUGCCACGCGCUUCCCUCCCCACGGUGUACAACUACGCCUUUCGUCGCGACAGGGAGCGCCUGCCAUACCGAGAAGCCAAAAGGCUCCGGCACGGAGUCUUCGAAGGCGUUGCGGUCAGCAUCCACUUUGUCGCGGACGGCAAGCCCUGGCAGCGGCAGAAUCUGACGACGUACCCAAGUUGGCUGGCAGCGGCACGCCUUUGGUACGUCAACCAAUGGCACGAGCUGUCGCGAUCCGUGCGGCCUGGCCUGCUCCAAUCGCUCUCGCACCAGGAGCUAAGUGCCUUUGGCGAUCUCGAGCCGCUUCGCGUGGCUCAGAACCCGAAUCUGACUCUCCUCGGCGUCGCCGACUCAACCGCUCGCCUCAGCUGUCGCUGCUUUGUGAGGGGGCUGCUUUCCGGCGGUCAGAAGGCCGAUCCGGCAGAGCUGCUUGCCGGGGCAAGGGGCGUCGGAAAGAGGCAAGGUCGACCAGAGUUUGACGCUCUGGUGGAGUCGGUGGAGGACAGGGCUGAGGCCCUCCGCGCGCUCACCCAACGGCAGCGUGGCGUGCUCCUCCAAGAGUGCGGAGGAAGCUCCUCGACACACGAGGAACAAAGCUGCAAGGCCAUUGCGGAUGCGGAAUCGCGAAGAAGGGCUGCCAGCACAAGCACACGGGCGACAGUCAACAGCACCAUCGCCGACCUCUAUCCCGCCUUCCUCCGCUUCCUCGACGAGCACAAGGCGGUACCAGUCAAGAGCGUGUACGCGGACGUGCACCAGUGCGACCUCGCCCACUGGUACGCCCGGAUCAAGCAGGCGAGCACGCCGCCGAGGAUGGAGCUCACGCGGAAGAUUGGGACCGCGAAUGUGGAGGCGCUCAUCGCCCGCGUGGCCGCGCUUCCAAAGUUGAGGAAGCCUCGGGGCGCCGUGAGGCUCUCGGAUAGCCCGUGUAAGCGCUCUCUGUCUUCGAGAGGGCGGCUGGUCUCCUCUCCGCCGGCGGCCUCGCGGUCGCCCGGCGUCCAGCAGAUCCUGAUGCACACCCAGAACCACCGCACCAGGAGGCGAAGGAGGCACUUUGAUGCAGCGGCAGCGGAACCUACUCCGGCGCCGACGUGA